AAGUGCACGAACUGGGGGGCUGAUCUGCGGAGAAGUCCCACUUCCCAGCCCUGCGCCAUGGCUAAAUAUCAACCUGAGCUGCUUCUCCAUCCCGUGCCAGCCAAGCCAUUCCCUGGGGUUGUCGAGAAGAAGAAAAAAGCGCCCUGGGAAAGCCAGUGACCAGAGAUCAGUCGACAUGGGGUUACCGCCAGAUGAACACCUCCCCGAGGUGUAUGUUCCGCAGGAGCACAGCCGUCUUCCUGAAGUCGCGCCGGAUUCCUCACCAGAAGCAACGCAAGCGCGGCUCUACCAGGCCUCAGACAAAUAUCCAGCCCAGUUCGAUAAUGCGCCGAAGCUGCCGCACGAAGAGCCGCCCGCAUGGGCUCCCCUCCCGGGGCAGCAGCAACCAGGGGGGAUGGGCACCGAACACCUCAGUAGCGCCGUGAGCCCGGACGGCUCCGUGCCCUGGCAAUCCUUCCCAGGCAGCGGUGGUGACGACCGGACGUUUGUCGGCACCGAUCCAGGGCAGGAAAACAAGCGGCUCUGCGGUCUCCCAAGGCGUGUCUUCAUCAUCCUUGCUGCCAUCCUUGGCGUCGCGGUGGUAGCCGCCGCAGUCGGCGGCGGCGUCGGCGGGGCGGUGGCAGCGAGACAGAGGUCGUCGGACGCUAGCGAGAGCUCGCCGGCAGCGGUGUCAUCAGCAGCCUCAAGCGGUAGCAGCAGCAGCAGCAGCAGCAGCACUCCGACGAGGACAACCACUACAAGUUCAUCCUCGACAUCAAGCGCCCCCACGGCAACCGUCUCGUUCCUCAACAACCAGACGGAUCCCUCCGUCUUCAAGCACGGCUUCGCCUUCCAGGCUUGGGAAAAGCCUUACAUGAAGGGCAACUUCACCCCCAUCUACUCGGACGAGGGCUUCAUCAACCUUCCGUUCAACGCCACGAGCUACAUCUGGCUCGAAGACAAGUCACAAAGUUGCUGCGUCACCUUCUGCAACGACACAAAGCCCUCCGACAGCUACUGGUGCCAAUCGCGGUGGCGGAACAGCUCGUCGGGUUACUUCCGGCGGAUUUCGCUCUGGUGCGGUGAUCGAGACGACGAGCAAUUACGGACGAGUUGCUCAUAGGGUUGCUUGUGGUUACGGAAACGUCGUCUUAACCGUAGGCUCGGUUCAGAUGGUAAUUGGGUUC